AUGGCUGCGUCUCGUUUACAGAGAUGGGCGGUGCUGUUGUCAGGCUAUAAUUAUGAUAUAGAAUUCGUUUCCUCCAGUAAAAACUGUGCUGAUGCACUUUCCCGGCUUCCAUCACAUAGCAGUAAUAUCCGUGAACCUAAGAAUGAGGUCACGUAUGUGAAUUUUGUAGAAGAUUUUUUACCGAUCACUCAUGAGGACAUUAAAAGAAAAUCAUCAAAAGAUUUACUUCUUAGUAAGGUUAUGUCUUACAUUCAAUCUGGGUGGCCAGCUAGUUGUUCUGACGAGCGCAUGAGACCAUACUAUUUACGUCGGCAUGAACUUUAUUGUGAGCGGGGUUGCAUAAUGUGGGGCUAUAGGCUUGUUGUACCGGACUCUCUGCAGAAAGGUAUCUUAAAUCAGUUACAUGUUGGCCAUUUAGGGAUAGUAAAAGCUAAAUCUUUGGCUCGCAGUUACGUUUGGUGGCCUAAUAUUGAUGCUCAGAUUGAAGCGACUUGCAAACAGUGCGAAACGUGCGCCAUGGAAGCAGAUGCUCCACCACGCACAACAUCUCAGCCCUGGCCUUAUCACCUACAGCCAUGGUCACUGCUGCACUUAGAUUUCUUAGGUCCUAUAAACGGUAAAACCUUCUUGGUUCUUAUUGAUUCAACAUCUAAAUGGCUUGAAAUUUUUGAAAUGUCGAGUACAAAAGCAACCAGUGUAAUAAAGGUUUUGAGGCAAACUUUUGCUAGGUUUGGUUUACCACUAGAAGUCACGUCAGAUCAGGGUCCACCGUUUAGCAGCACAGAAUUCAAAAAUUUCUUAAUGAAUAAUGGAAUUCGUCAAUCAUUUUCACCUGCGUACCAUCCCUCUUCAAAUGGUGCUGCAGAGAACGCUGUCAAGUUAUGUAAGCGCGCAAUAAGGAAGGCUCAGAGAGAUAAUGUAGAUUUGGAUGCAGCUUUACAAGCAUUUUUACUCGCGUAUAGGAACAGCAUUCAUUGCACCACUGGAGAAAGUCCGGCCGCAAUAUUACAACGUCGUGCGCUACGUUCGCGAUUCGAUUUGCUGCGUAGCGAACGCGCAAGGGCGGACAGAGUACGUGACGAGCAAAGCCGUCAAGUUGCGUUGGCGGGCGGUAUUUCACGAGUUUUGACUCCAGGAGAUUCAAUCUGGGCUCGCGAAUAUGGGUCUCGCGAUAGGUGGUCAAAGGGAACCGUUACUGCUUCAGAAGGGUCUCGGCGAUAUCUAGUGGACACCGGAAAUGAUCGUGUUUUAUCCAGACACGUGGAUCAAAUCAGACGCAGAUCACACAUGUCCGAUGUUCCUUGUCCAGUGUCAUCUGCUAAUGAUAACCAAGAGGCAUCCUUACAAGAAGCCAGAAGCGCGACAUCAGACAAUACAGGCCAAGGAGUCUCGGCCGAGGAGACGAGUUCUAGUGAGCCCAGCUUGAAAAUUGUUGGGGAGGAGGUUGACGAUGGUAUGACAACAGCAGUUGCGUCCUCGCCCGAAUAUACAACACCACCGUCAGUGAUGCGCCCAAGGCGAAUAAGGAAGCCGGUUAUCAGGUUUUCACCUUAG